AUUGUCUCCGGAGCUAUUUGUUAUGGAGGUAAAAAGACUUUUAAAGCACCGAAGUCACGUUAAACUCUACUAAAAAAUAUUUAAAUGUUUAAAUCCUUUUUUCGGUGGCGGAAAUUUACCUGUUUGAGACCUAUUUAUCACUUUUGUUAGCUUAGAGGGAACAGCGCGGCUCUGAGACCAUAGCCACACACACACACACACACACACACACACACAGUCCUCAUGGAGAGAACUGAAACCUGAAAGAAAACACAUUUUUUUUCCCUUCAACAUGGCUCCAAAGUGAACCAACUCUUCUGGAGCACACUUCACUUUCAGCCCUUCAGUGAUAUCAUGCCGCUUCGCACAAGAUGACUGACUUAAAUCAUGAGCAUGUAAAGGAAAACGGAAAGCAUGUGGACAAAACACUGGACUGGACGUACAUCGAAUGGCAUGAUGAGGACAUGGCCAGAACUGUGGAUGCUCACACCCAAACAACUCAUGAGCCAACUGUGGACAAAGAGACCCAAACGAGCAAUCCGUUCCUGAUGCGGAUCGAGCUGUCCAGGACACCGUCCAGACUGAGAUGUGGCUCUCUGGGCGAGGUGGAUGCCAUGCCUACGCCGCUCUUUCAGUUUGACAGGCAGGCGCCUGCUCGCAUCUCUACAUCUCCUACUCUGAGAAGGAUGAGGAGCACCAGGCUUCCUUCUCGUGAUGCAGGGAGGAUAGGCAGCACUCAGGAGGAGCCUGGUGUGAGUGAGUCUCCCUCACCAAGGAGCCCUGUGUCACCUGUACUCCGUCAGAAAUCUCCCCUCGCUACCGUUGUGAACCCGUCUAAUGAGGACAGUCACCGGAACGGUCACGCUGAUGAUUUGCUGACUCCUGGGAAUGUCAGGUCUUACAGAUCAAAAACAAUUAGCUGCAGUGCCCUUAACUUGAAGCCGAGUGUGAAUGAAAGCGCUGAUACUGAUGAUGAUGUUGAUGAAACUAGAGAGGUGAAAGAACCAAGUCAUAAAAGCAGGCUGCAGGAAAGAAGGCGAAGCUCUGUGGUGGUCACUCUUCCUGGGUUAGACGUUUCUCCUGGGGAUCUUUUUGUUUCCAAUGGUGCUGUCAAUAUUUUAAACCCCUCCAUGUUUUCAGAUACAAAGAAAUCAAAGUGGCCUUUUUCAAAACGUACUAUGAAUAAAGGCAGGACACGCACAGCUGCAGACACUGAAAAAUGUCUAACAGCCGUUCAGAUCCAGGAGUGGAGAAACACACAUUUUCAGCAGUACAAGGAUUUGACUUUGGAGGAGUUUCUGAGAAGUCAGCCUGAGCUGAGGGCAGAAGAAGAGCCAAAAGCACACAAAAGACAGGAGGCCCUAUGGGAGCUGUUCACCAGCGAGUGUGUGUACUUCCUAGACCAGUUAAUGGUGCUGAAAGAGGUAUUUCUGAGCACGCUGUCAGAUCUGCAGAUGAGGGAGUGUCUACAAGACAUUGACUCUUGGGCACUCUUUGCCAACCUGAAUGAGCUGUGCCUGGUUAGCUUUGGCUUCCUGACCAGUCUGCUGCGUGCGAUUAAAGAGCUGUGGGCCACUCCAGAGCCUCCAGAAACCAAUAGCACACAGGCCCUGCUGGACAUUCUCAACAAGGCUUUUGGUGAGAGCAUUUGUCACUGUCUGCAGAAAUACUGUCUGAACUACAGCAAAGCCGUUCUCUAUUUAGACACCCUGAAGGCCAGGGAGGACUUCAGCUCCUAUGUGAAGUGGUGUGAGAAGAAUGAACAGUGCCGUAGGCUGCAGUUGAGGGAUCUGCUGGUGACUCCUUUGCAGAGGUUCACACGUUACCCUCUCAUCCUGAAGAACAUGGAGAAGAGGAGCUGCACAGAGGCAGAGGAGAGCGCCUUACAGAGCGUAGUGGAGCUGGUGGACAGAGCCAUAGAUGAUCUGGAGGGCAAGGUAAAGUGGUUGGAUAACUAUCAGAAAGUCAAGCAGCUGAAGGAAGCCUUGGUCUGGCCCCCAGUGUGGGAAAGAGACAAGAGAGCACAAGUUCCAGAGAAUCUGAAACACUUGCUGAAAGCUGUGACUUUGGAAAACCUGGUCUCUAACCGUAGUCUCCGAUACGAUGGGAAGCUCACACUCCCAGAGAAUUCAAAGCUGAAUGAUGUUUACCUGUUUCUGUUUGAUGAAUUCCUCCUGAUCACCAAGGUCAAACGAAAUAAAAAGAGGUCUGUAGCUGGGGAGAUGCACCCUGCACGCUCAGCCGCUGGCCAGGAGCUGGAGCAAUUACUACAGGAGGGCUGUAGCUUCACCGUGCUGGAUCAACCCAUCUCACUGGACCGCCUGCUGCUCAGGAACAUAGACCAGCUUAACGCUACAGCCUCUGGCCUUCCCUGUUCUUUCAUUAUAAUGCACCAGAACCGCUAUCAGCAGUGCAUCGGCGUCUUCAUUCUGCAGGCCCCGACCGAGUCAGUUAAGAAAGCGUGGCUGUCUGAGAUCGAGGAGGCAGUCGGCGCCCUGCUGAAGCGGGACUCUCAGCAGCCUCGGCUAAAGAGCUCUUCUCUCUAUGUUGAGUCUUCUCAGAUCUAACCCGCUCAGAUCACACUCAGAAUCUGACCAGCAGAGGAGGUGGCCCACGUCAAUACUGCUGCUUGAUAACAUCACAUGACUGGGACUAAUAAUAUGGGUUUCUGCUUGACUGGCCAUCGCAGCACCACUAUAGAGCCUCACAUCUGACCUUCAGAUCCAUGUUAAUCCACUUGAAGAGGUUGAUCCAGGUCUGGCGGCAGUGUCGGGGCAAAGUGUCACAAAUGACAGUUUCAUUGCUGUAAGAUUGAUGUAAGAUCAGAUUGAACUGUUGUUGUAACCCAACACCCACUGAAGACUAAAUGUGCCACAGGGGUAGACUAUUACAGAUCUGAAAUUCAGCCAAAAUGGACAUUCUGGACAUUCCUGCUUUGAGGUGUAGAUUAGUACAGUUUAUGAUUUUUAUUUUUUAUGAAUUUUUUUUUUUUUUUUAAAUUAAAGUUUCCUUUGAAACUGUGUGGCCAGCUGUUUUAUACUGGGACUGUAAAUGUAUAGCAUUUAUAGUAGUGGCCUGUAGAGCUCUACAUGAUAUCUACAAAAAUAUCAUAUAUCAUAUGUCAGACAUUUUUUUUAUGAUAAAAAGGGACCAGUAUAAUGUGCUUCACUUCCUUUGAGAUCACGUGCUGUCAGAGGGUCUCAUUUCUCAAUGUUAUCAAAUAAAGUUGUUUGUAAAUGUUUUGUAGGCCAAAUCCAAGUAAAAAUUCAACAGAUUUCCAAACGUUUUGGUAACGCUGAUUUUCUUCCUACUCGCAUGUGUGUAGAUAAAUGCCUACCGUAAUUUACGGAUUGGAUUCUCAACACAUCAGCGUUAGCGAUGCCCACAAAACACCAUGAAGAGCAAAGCUCUCAGAACGUGUCAGAAGCACAACGUUGAACAAUACUGCAGCUCAGCUACCAUAAACACAUUUACAAUUCCGCCUUGUAUAGUAUAACUAGUCUAAUUGAUCUUAAUUUAUGGAUUCAUUAUUAGUUAUUAAUAUGAAGUCUGAAACGUUUUAAUUAAAUUUGUUCAUGCAAAUGAAAUGAAUAAGCUAUUUAAACUCGAUAGUGUGAUCUGUACAUAAAAUCACAGCAACACUUAAGUGUGAUACGAGGCUUUUGAUUUGUCGGUGUAAUGAAUAAUACAUUUAACAGACUGCAUAAUAAAGUAGGCUUUUCUGCAUAAAAUGUCCCUUAUAUGAAAUGUAAUAAACAUCUGAAGUUAAUCAAGCCCACACUCCUCUGAAAAUGUAGCUUCCUCUUUAUCUCAGAUAAGGACAAGCUACAGAUAUAGCUUCUCUCUUGGGGCAGUGGUGGCUCUGUGGUUAAAGGCUCAGGGUUACUGAUCAGAAGGUCAGGAGUUCAAGCCCCAGCACUGCCACUACCACUGUUGGGCCCUUGGGCAAGGCCCUUAACCCUCAAUUGCUCAGUUGUAUAAAUGAAAGAGAUGUAAGUCGCUCUGGAUAAGGGCGUCUGCCAAAAAUGCCAUAAAUGUGUCUCUCUCACUCUCCAAUUAUUGGGCCUUUUUGAACUGGGAUAAACAUUUUCAAUCGCUUUACCUGAUUUGUUAAAAUAACCCAAACCAUAACCAUAGUUGAUUGAAAGGUUGAACAACGCCUAUCCGGUCUGAAGAUGCCCACUGAUUGGGAAAUGCGCAUUCAUAUUCUGCAGAGACCUUAUACUUGGCUCUAGCACACCACGUUCAAAUUUGAGUUCACUCUUUAUUUCCAAUCAAAAUGCGGGACAUCAUCUCAAGUUACGAGACGCUGGGCAAAGGACUAAAAUGCUGUGCAUUACAGCACAAAUUGGGAUGUCUGUUCAGUCAACCCAGGUUUAAUUAUCAAAACACCACCGCACCCUUAUUGAAUUCUGUGCAUCGUUACACCCCAAAUUUGAAGCCUCUCAAUCGAGGUUCACUUUUUCUCUAAACACUGCAAAGGAUAUGAACAUUUUUCUGAACGAACUGGAUUUUCAUGAAUAUCACAUUUCUUGUGUAAACGCUUCUGUGAAUAAUUUAUGAAUCAAUUCAUUCGUAUCCAGUUUGUGAAAUGAGCCCUAAGGAUUUAAUUUAAUUUCUACCAAUGAGGAAAAUAAUGAGUGAUUAGUAAAUGAAUUUAAAAAGAAAAUAAAUAAUAAUAAUGAUCCCUGUGAUGGUCAUUUGCCAUGAUAUUUUCAUAUUGUGCAGUUCUAACAGACAUGAAAGCAA